UCUCCUAGCAACGCAGCGAUCCCGCACCUGACGUCUGGGCAAGUUUAGUGAACGUUGCUUCUUUUUAAAGACUUUAUUAAUCAGCCAAUAUUACUAUCUUACUUUAGAAGUAGACAAGUUUUUUAUGUUUAUGUUAUGUUGCUGUGAUAUAGCAAUAGCCUAACUGUAAAUUGGUAUCUUUACGAGUUUAAAUAGGUUAUAGAUAAAUCAAAUAUCGGUUAAAAGUUUACUGAAGUUGUAUCAAGCGGAAGGUCGGAUUGAAACUAUACCGUUUAGUCCUAGAAUUAAAGCACACACUUAAAAUACACAAGAAAAAAAACACAAAAUUAACUUUGUAAAGCCGACAGUGUCGAAACAUUUUAUGCGUUUAUGCAUAAAUAAAUCUGAAAUAUCAGAUCAGAAUCGACUUUUUAAUACUCAAGACAAACUUAAUACAAUACAUUGCAUUGCCAUUUAUUCCGACAAUCAUAACCUAUGAGUUCGUUAUUAGCUAUUUUAUAAACAUUUAUGCAUUUAGCAGCUUAUCCAAAAUGACUAAAAAUGCAUUUCUUAUACAAAGUGAUCUAUAACUAUUCACGGAGGUCGAACUAACUUACAGUGUGUCAGUUAACAAAACAAUCCUAAUAUAUAAAGUAUCAACGCUUGAGAGGUUCGAACCCACAAACGUUAAGUGAUCGGGCCGGAUCUUUAACAUCAGGUCCCAUCACCCGGAUAGAUCUCCAGUUUGUGCACAACAGGGCAUGUGCUGCUGCUGCUGCUGGAGAGUCUCGAGAAGCGUUUGGAUGGCGUAACACAAUCCUGGAGCUCAUAUCAAAUCUACCAGAAAUCUGCGCGUUCUACCGGCUCAGGCAUUCAUCUGGUGAUGACAGACCUAUGAAGGAGGGUCUUGUUGACGUUUUAUUUAAGAGUCAGAUGAUAGACCGGUUGUCUUCACUCUUCAUCUUACAGAGACUAAUUUGAAGCAAGUUAAAGAUGGAGGAACACAUGUCUGACGCCUGCGCAAUCCCAGCCAAUGAGAAGUCUUGUCAGACAGAUGACCUCAUGGGCGAGGCUGUUGUGCCCGGACCGGACCUCGCGAGCAAGACGCUGGUUAACUCGACAGAAAUGGGGGAUCCUCCUCUGCUACAGAGACCCCUACAGACCUCCAAAUCUGGAAUUGAGCAGAUAAUCGAAUGCUUCCGCACAGGUACUGCAGAGUUAAAACACAUUCUCCUGAAAGAAGUGGACACAAUUUUUGAAUGUAAACUAUGUCGCAGUCUCUUUCGUGGUCUUCCCAAUCUGAUCAAACACAAAGAGAUUUACUGUUUCUCAAGACUGUCCCAGCCUGAUGACUCUUCUGGAGAUGGCGAAAAGAGCAUCAAGGAGCUUCUGGAGGCCAUCUAUCCUCGCUCUGAGAAGCAGGAAUAUUUUAUGAGACUGGAGCCCAUCACUGGCAACCAGAAUGCAGUGUACCAGUAUGUUUCCACAGAGGAAGACUUCCCAUCUUCAUCCCAAAGCCCCGAGCACACCAACACAGACGACUGUAGUCAUCUCCACCUCCAUGAGCCAAACACAGAGAUGAAGGAAGGAGAGGAUCAUUGCGUCGAGGUGGAGGAGAGAGCGAGCGUUAACAAAGAUGAUGAAGAUGAUGUGGGAUCCGUGGAGCGUCAGGUGUCUUCUGAGGACAGAACGGAAGAAGCGGACUUGAGCGACUCGUCCUCCUGCAGAUGCCGCCUCUGUAACAGGACAUACAAAGUUCGUGGUCGCCUUCAGAGACACCUCCGCAUCGUUCACAAGAUCAUCACCUCCUCCGAACCUACGUCGAACAACAAGAAAGCCAAUGGAAAAGUUCCAGACAGUCCCGAUGCUAACACCAGUGAUUCUCAGAAAAGCCCCAGAGAGGAGAACAAGGUGCCGUGGAAGCCCACAUUCUCCGCCGGCUUUGAUUUGAAGACGCGCUUCUGUAAGCUCUGCAGACGAACAUUCAGCUCGGAGCAGAACCUGGCCAAGCACAUCGAGCUCCACACAGACAACGGCAGCGACUUCUUCGUCAAGUUUUACUGCUGCCCGCUGUGCAGCUACAGAACCCGCCGCAAGAGAGACGUGGUGAGACAUCUGUCCGACUUCCACAAGAAGAACUCCGCCUACCUGAGCAGGAUCUCUCAGUCGCUGGAGAGCAGCGCCAUCAAGACUCCCGCCAAGGACGUGUUGAACAAAAAAAAGGCGAAAAUGCAGCCGCAGCAGGAAGUGAAGCUUCACAGCUCACCGUAUCUGACACGAAGGAACCAUAACGCUCCUCGCAAGACGAACAGCGGUGAUAAAGCGAGAUCUGGCGUGAAAGUGAAGCGUGAGAGCGGGGAAGGUAAAGUCAUGCAGCCGCUGUCCGUCUGCGGCGUGUGCGGUCAGGGCUUUAGGAAGCAGAGGCAUCUGGAUUUACACAUGAGAAGUCAUCAGAAAACUGCUGGAAGGAGGGCAGCAGCAGCAGCAGCAGGUGUACGCACAAGGUCAAAGGUCAUGCUUUGAUUCUCUCUGACAACAGAUUGGUUUGCUGCAACGUUGGAAAGAUGGACAGUUGUAAAAAAAAACAGAGUGAUAUUUUCUAAUCACUUUUAAGUAUAAGAAGGAAUGAUGGUUUUCAUUUCUAGCUGCUAUCAGUUUUUGUGUUUGCAUGUAAAAGCGACAGAAAAAUAGUCUCAGAAUGGCGUUCAUUGGCCGGAGGUCCAGGCGGAGCUGAACUAAGACACACCGGACACAUGACAACUCUUUUUUUGUUAUUCAGUGCAGACGUCUGGGGUUAAAUCUGAAGUCUGCAUACAGCAGACAAAGAGCAUGAAAUUAACAGGACUAUAAUUAAAUAAGAGUCUUUUAAAACUCUUUUUAUCAGUUUGUCUGCAGUUAUCAGUUUCUCUCUUUUACUUUAUAAUAACACCUUUAUGGAUUUGUGUCAUUAACAUUUCUCUUCUCAAUCACUAACUUUUUUUUGUGUGUUACAGUUCAGUUGGUUUUAUUUCUCAUAUGACUGUAUACCAUCCAACAACAAUAAACUGAGAUGAUGAUUCUA